AUGAAGGGAGCGGCUAUAACUCUGCUGGUGGUGCUAGCAAUGGCUCAGUUCAUGGCAAGCCCUGCGCGGGCGGCCAUCAGCUGUGGCCAAGUGAGCGCGGCUCUAGCACCGUGCCUCACCUACCUCACCCAAGGCGGUACCCCAUCCGGACAAUGUUGUACCGGUGCCAAGAAUCUGCAAGCCAUGGCUCAGACCAAAGAUGACAGACAGACAGCAUGCAGGUGUGCCAAGGACGCGGCUACGCGCAACCAGAACAUUAAGGAUGAUGCUGCAGCUCAGCUCCCUCAGAAAUGUGGUGUCCAGACCACCAUCCCUAUCUCCCGUAACACUGACUUGUCAACUAAGGAGGAGAUGUCACAGAGUGAAACAUAUGGUGUGAGGGGAUUUGGUUUUAGCCACCCCUUUAAUAAUAUACUAUGUAGUUAA